AUGAAUUUUGAUGAAAACAAAAUACGCGCAACGACCAAACAAGAUUUAAGUCGCAAGGGAAGUGUUGACGAGCCUGUUUUGGAAUUAGUUAAUUACAUCAAUCAGUUGAACAAUUAUUUCACUACGAGUUCCUGCUCCGGACGGAUUUGUGUCUACGAGCCUGGAAAUAUAAAUUGCAAGAAGAAAGGAUGCAUUUGGUUGUACACUAGUCAUAAUUUAUGCUCUUUACAUGACAUGCUAGAUGGAUUAAACAAAUCUGAAGGAAAUGCAUUUUUCAAGUUUGAGCCAUUCAUUUUGCAUGUACAAUGUAGACAGCUAUGUGACGCACAGCUUUUGCAUAGGCUGGCAAUUGAAAGUGGUUUGAAAAAUUCUGGUAUGUCGUUUGGAAAAUCAGGAAAGAUUACAGUGGCUGUUAGAUGUACUCUUUCAUUAGAGGUUCCUUUAACAAAAAAUGGACAAUUACUUGUUUCUAAAGAGUAUCUCACUUUCCUCGUUGAAAUUGCUAAUGAAAAGUUGCAAAGUAAUUUUGCAGUUAUAAAGAGGUUGGCUAAUUACUUUUUAUCAACAUUAAGUAUUUCUGUAAUCUAA